UCGACGCCAUGUCGGGCCGCGGCAAGGGAGGCAAGGGCUUGGGUAAGGGCGGGGCGAAGCGCCACCGCAAGGUCCUCCGCGACAAUAUCCAGGGCAUCACCAAGCCGGCGAUCCGCCGCCUCGCCCGCCGCGGUGGCGUGAAGCGGAUCAGCGGCCUCAUCUACGAAGAGACCCGGGGAGUCCUCAAGAUCUUCCUCGAGAACGUCAUCCGCGACGCCGUCACCUACACCGAGCACGCCCGCCGGAAGACCGUUACCGCCAUGGACGUCGUCUACGCCCUCAAGCGCCAAGGCAGGACUCUCUAUGGCUUCGGCGGCUGAUGUCCUGCUGGGCGGUGGCGGUGGGAUUGGGAUUGUGUGGGGUUAGCGCUUGUGCGAGGGUUUGGUUUUCUUCUUGCUUUGUCCGUAUUUGGCUGUAAAUCCUCUUGCGUCAGUUGUGGGAUAAAAAAGGUGUAGUGUUCUAAUUAUGGAAUGGAAGUUUGAAGCUUUGCUUGAAGAAUUUAAACUUGUUUGUAUA